AUGGUGAGGGAGAGGGGGGCCCCAGGGGCCUCCCUUCAGCAGCGGCUGAGGAAGAGCCAAAGAUGCAGCAGCAACAGCAGCAGCAGCAGCAGCAGCAGCAGGUUCGCUGCUCAGCAGCAGCAGCAGCAGCAGCAGCAACAGCAGCAGCAGCAGCAGCAGCAGCAGCAGCAGCAGCAGCUUGCAAAGUCUUUCCCCCUAUGCUCGGUAGGUGGCCCACGGCCUGCAGUGUCGGGCCAGGGGGGGCCCCCGGUCUCCUUAGGGCGCAGCAUCAGCAGCAGCAGCAGCAGCAACAGCAGCAGCGCCUCCCCGCGUCUCUUCUUCUCAACAGCAUAUUUAGAUGAAGGUAGCAACAACAGCAGCUGCAUGCAGCAGCAGCAGCAGCAACUGCAGCAGCAGCAGCUGCUGCGCCCUGCACUGGCUUCUAUUGGAGCAGCAAACCUCCUGGGGGCCCCCUUGGGGGCCCCCCAAAGGGGCCCCCGCACGAGCCCUUCAGGGGGCCCCCCGCAGAUGCUGCGCGUUGUCUACGAUGCAGCAGCGGGGCAGCGACAGGUGCAGCUGAGGGGCCCCGAAGGACCACAGCAGCAGCAGCAGCAGCAGCAACAGCAACAGCAGCAACAGCAAACAAACGCCACAGGGGCCCUUCAAGGCAAGCUGGCUCAGCUGCAACCCCCACCAAUAGAAGCAGUAGCAGCAUCAUCAGCAGCAGCAGCAUCAAUAGCAGCAGCAGCAGCAGCAGCAGCAGAAGUGGAUCAGCUAGAGCUGCUGCAGCUGGAGGACCUAGGGGGCCUCAGCAGCCAGCAGCCAAGACAGGGGCCCCCCGCUGCCUGCCGCCUCCUCCCUCGUUCCCCACAAGCAAACCCAAACACCCCUCAGCAGCAGCAGCAGCAGCAACAACAGCAACAACACCAGCAGCAGCAGCAGCAGCAGCAGCAGCAGCAGCAGCAAAAGCAGGGGGGCCUCACUCACAGCGUCCUGGUGGAGGCAAAUGCCACCCAAGCUAACCCCAUCACGCCCGCCUCACAGACCCAGGGGCCCCCGGGGGCCCCAGGGGCCCCUGGGGCCCCCGGGGCCCCCCCCUCUGCUGAGUCGUAUGAAUACCUGGGGGCCCUAGGGCCCCUAAAGGGGCCCCUGGGGGCCCCCCUAGAUACCCCCCUAGCAACCCCCCUAGAGACCCCCCUAGGGGCCCCCCUAGGGGCCCCCGUGGGGGGCCCCCCAAGGUACCCAGACCAGAGCAGCUGCAAUGCUGAGGGAAAGGGGGGCCCCGGGGGCCUCCCUUCAGCAGCGGCUGAGGAAGAGCCAAAGGUAGAGGGAGCAGCAGUUGUUGAGGGCCCCCUCACCCGUUCAUCUGCUCAUGCUGGGGCCCUGCAGCAGCAAAGGCUGCAUAGACACUCCAGCAGCAGCCGCUUGGGGGGCCCCCUGGCGCACAGAUACAGCAGCAUCAGUCAUAUGGGGGGCCCCCCGGGGCCCCUAGGACCCCUGGGGCCCCCAGGGGCCCCAGGGGCCCCCAAUGCAGCAGCAGAGGGGUUGAGGAGAGCAUCGAGUGCCUCUGCUAGCCAAAGGCACAGCUUGAGACAAGGAGCAGCAGCACAUGGAUACUUUGCUGCUGAGCAGCAGCAGCAGCAGCAGCAGCAACAGCAGCAGCAGCAGCAGCAAGGGAUGCAGCCUGUAGUGCAGCACGAACAGUUGCAGCAGCAGGCCCAACAGCAGAAGCAACAGCAACAGCAGCAGCAGCAGCUGCAGCAACAGCAACCGCAACGGCAACAGCAGCAGGAACAGCAACAGCAACAGCAACAGCAGCAGCAGCAGCAGCUGCAGCAGCAGAAGCAGCAGCUGCAUGCGCUUCAUAACCCACAGCCAGGGGGCCCCACAGCGUCGGCGCGAUCAGAGGGGUUGAGGAGGGCCUCCAGUGCCUCUGCUAGCCAAAGGCACAGCUUGAGACAAGCAGCAGCAGCACAUGGAUACUUUGCUGCUGAGCAGCAGCAGCAGCAGCAGCAGCAGCAGCAGCAGCAACAGCAGCAGCAGCAGGGGAUGCAGCCUGUAGUGCAGCACGAACAGUUGCAGCAGCAGGCCCAACAGCAGCAGCAACAUCAACACCAACAGCAGCAGCAACAGCAGCAGCAGCAGCAGCUGCAGCAGCAGAAGCAGCUGCCAGGGGGCCCCACAGCGUCGGCGCGAUGUAUCAGCUCCCGCCAGAGCACCUGCAGCACAGCGCAGCACGAGACGCUGCCCCACAGCAGCAGCAGCAGCAGCAGCAGCAGCAAUAGCAGCAGCAGCAGCAGCUGUUAUCUUCCUAAUGAGGUAUGGGGGGCCCCCCUAGUCAACCCCUCCUCCUGCAGCAGCCAGCAGCAAGGGGGCCCCCCUGCUGCCCCCCACAGCAGCAACCGCCCCCCUACUGAACUGUCUCCUUCUCCUUCUGGCUGCAGCGCCCCCUCAGCCUCGGGGCCCCCUCAACCCAGCCAAGCCUGGGGGGCCCCCAUGGGGGCCCCUACAGGGGCCCCUAUGGGGGCCCCCAUAGGGGCCCCUAAGGGGGCCACUACAGGGGCCGAGGUGGUGCAGCAGCAGCAGGGGAGGCGCAGCACGGAGGCAGACAAACUGCUGCCUCCUGCUGCUGUCCCUUCUACUGCUGCUGCUGCUGCGGCUGCUGCUGCGCUUCCUAAUGAGGUAUGGGGGGCCCCCCUAGUCAACCCCUCCUCCUGCAGCAGCCAGCAGCAAGGGGGGCCCCCUGCUGCCCCCCACAGCAGCAACCGCCCCCCUACUGAACUGUCUCCUCCUUCUGGCUGCAGCCCCCCCUCAGCCUCGGGGCCCCCUCAACCCAGCCAAGCCUGGGGGGCCCCCAUGGGGGCCCCCAUGGGGGCCCCUAUGGGGGCCCCCAUAGGGGCCCCUAAGGGGGCCCCUACAGGGGCCGAGGUGGUGCAGCAGCAGCAGGGGAGGCGCAGCAUGGAGGCAGACAAACUGCUGCCUCCUGCUGCUGUCCCUUCUACUGCUGCUGCUGCUGCUGCUGCUGCUGCUGCAGCUGCAGCAGAGAGCCCAGCAGCAAUUGGGAGCCGCAUCCUCAGGCGGCUGCAGACACUCAACUCCAUCAUAAACCCACAGGGGCCCCUACAGGGGGGGCCCCCGCCUGGGGGCCCCCCUGCUGGGGGCCCCCCUCUUGGGGGCCCCCUCUUCGGCUGGGGCCCCCCUUCUGUUGCCGCAGGCGGGGACGUUCGUGUACCCUGUGCUCAGCCCAGCAGCAGCAGCAGCAGCUGCAGCAGCAGCAGCAGCUGCAGCAGCAGCAGCAGCUGCUGCAGCAGCAGCGAGGAGACACGUGGAGAGGUGCAGUCUGUGGGGCCGUGCUGCUGCAGCAAACCCGCAGCGGGGACAGAUCUUCAGCUGGAGACAGCAGCAGCAGCAGCAGCAGCAGCAACAGCAGCAGCAGCAGCAGCAGGGCCUCCUGUUGCAACUGAAUGCGCGGCAGCUACGGCUAUCAACCCCGCAAUCUAUACUUCUGCUGCUGCUUCUGCUGCAGCAGAAGCAGCAGCAGAAGCAGCAGCAAGAGCAGCAGCAGAAGCAGCAGCAACAGCAGCCGCAGAAGCAGCCACAAAAGCAGCAGCAGAGGCAGCAGCAGAAGCAGCAGCAGAAGCAGCAGCAGAAGCAGCAGCAGAAGCAGCAGCACAGUUGGAUAGCUGCUGCAGCUACAGCUCAAGGGGGGCCUCCUUCAUAGCUUCUGGGGUACCCAGGCUGACCCUCGCAGCGCUAAACUCAGAGGGGGCCCCCCAGGGGCCCCCCGAGGGGGCCCCCGCGGGGGCCCCGCAGGGGGCCCCGCAGGGGGCCCCCCAAGGGGCCCCCCUGGGGGCCCCCCGGAGGGCCCCCUCCGCAGGUUGUUUGUAUUCAAGGGGGCCCCCCUAUCCGCUGCUGCAGCAGCCACUAACAGACAAGAGGCCCCUUGAUCAGCAGAGAAGAAAAACGAAAGAAAACGCAGGAGACAGAGGAGACACACAGAUAGGAGCAGCAGCAGCAGCAGCAGCAGCAACAGCAGCAGCAGCAGCAGCAACAGCAGCAGCAACGGGAAGCAGCAUAAAAGGAGAUAGAAAGAGACAAGGAGACAACAGCCAAGGAAGAAGUAGGAGCAGUGCUUGCGAGGCAGCAGCAGCAGCAGCUGCUGCUGCUGCAGCAACAGCAGCAGCAACAGCAGCAACGCCGUACAUACACUCACAACAGAGAGAUGAGGGGGCCCCUUUCAUGCGCAGCAGCACCCAAACAGAAAAGGAUACAGCAGCAGAGCUGCUGCCCUCGACAGGGGCCCCCCGGGGGGCCCCUAUGGGGGCCCCCAUGGGGGCCCCCAACCCAGGGGGCCCCAGCCUAGACCCCACUCUCCUCGCUGCAGCAGAGAGACGCAUGCACUGCAGCAGCAGCACAGCAGCAGAAAUGCAGUUCCCCUCCAGCCCUAUAAGUAGGAGCAGCAGCACAGUAGAGGGGCCCCCCUAUGGGGGCCCCCCUUCUGGGGGCCCCCCUGUAUCAUCUGAGCUGCAUAUACACCCCAUAAGAACCCCGUCAGUACCCCUUUCUCCUCUUCUCUCAUACACGGGGGCCCCCGAGGGUUUAGGGUUUAGGGUUUACCCUUCUGAACCCUCAAACUCUACACACAGCACCACGUCCUGGGCUGUGCACCUAGAGGCGGAAGAGGGUACUGAAGGGGGCCCCCAGGGGCCCCCCUCUUCUUACCUGACCGGGGGCCCCCAGGGGCCCCCCUCCUCUCACCUGCCUAGGGGCCCCCAUGGGCCCCUCUCUACGCAGUUGUCUGGGGGCCCCCAGGGGCCCCUCUCGCCUCCCCUGAGUCAGAGUGUUGGUUCCCCUCCCACCGCCGUUGCUGCUGCUGCAGAGCAGCAGCAGCAGCUGGAGGUAUGGGGGGCCCCCCAGCAGCUGCAAGGUUCAGCAACUACGCAAGCGCAAACCCAAGAGGGUACAGUAAAGGGGGGCCCCCAAGAUACUAAAGAGAGGGGGGCCCCCCCCUCGUCAGCUAGGCAGCUCUGCAACCCCCGCAACCUGCAGCGCCUGAAUGUGCAGUGGGCCCUCUGGAGUACCCUCCCCCGGGGGCCCCCUGGGGCCCCUGGGGGCCCCCCUGAGUUGCCCCCUGGGGGCCCCCUGGCCUCCACCCUGGGGGCCCCUGACUAUGGGGGCCCCAGCUGCGGGGGGCCCCCCGAGUACCCUUUGCGGGGGGCCCCCUACAGCAACCUGUGCGGCUAUCCUUCGUUAGAGGAGGCAAUAAGCAGCAGCAGCAGAUGCAGGGUGCAGCUGAGCCUGGGGGAGAGAGAGAAGGAGACAGAGAGAGACAGAGAAAGAGACAGAAAAGUAUCCGCUGCUGCAGCAGCCACUAACAGACAAGAGGCCCCUUGA